AUGACCGACGUCGCCACGUACCCUGAAGCCGAGGCCAAGCCUGAGGUUCCGGACACGACUUCGAUGCAGAACAACAAGAGGAAGCGUAGUUCCCUCGACCAGGGUCCUACCAGCGGCAGACCUGCUCCUACCGAUGCCACCCGCACGUCAUCCUUCCAACGUGUAUCACCAGGCUCGGCAAACAGUACUGGAGUGAACGACCAGUCGGGCACUGCUUUCCUCACUGGCCAUCAUGGCACCGGAACGGGCGAAGACGACAUCCACCAGCACACCAACGCUGACAUCGAUUUCAGCCAGCUGGCACAGCACACAAACGACCACAGCCUGCACCAGAACGGUAGCGGAAACCCCACCAACGCUAGCGACACAGCUGCAGCUGCCUUGUCUCAUCAUUUCCAGAUGACGGUCCCGCAGGCCACUGAGCUGUCUUUCCAGAACCAAGGAGCCGGGGGCGAGGGCGAUAGGACCCUUGGAAACUCUUUCGGCAUGGGUGACCACGGCAUGCAUCAGACAUCCCACGGAAUGACUGAUUACGGCCUGGAUGCUCUAAACAAAUCGAAUACUCAGGGUGGUCAAGGAAACGAGUCCCCGCCGACCCAGGUCAACCAGAAGCCGGCAGUAGGCUCCGAGGAGUGGCACAAGAUUCGUAGGGAUAACCACAAAGAAGUGGAGAGGCGCCGCCGUGAGACGAUAAACGAAGGUAUCAAUGAACUAGCCAAGAUUGUCCCCGGUUGUGAAAAGAACAAGGGCUCCAUCCUUCAGCGCGCCGUUCAGUUUAUCACACAGCUCAAGGAGAACGAGUCUCAAAACAUCGAGAAGUGGACGCUGGAGAAGCUUCUGACGGAGCAGGCCAUCACAGAGCUCAGUGCUAGCUGUGACAAGUUCAAGGCAGAAUGCCAGCGCGCCUGGGCCGAAGCCGAAAUAUGGAAGAAGGCCUGCCAGAACGCCGGCAUUGUACCGGAGGAGUUCCAGAACCAGGGCGAUAAGGCGGAUCAGAACGGCGACAGUUGA